UCUCCCUCUCCCUCUCCCUCUCCCUCUCCCUCUCCCUCUCCCUCUCCCUCUCCCUCUCCCUCCCCCUCUCCCUCUCCCUCUCCCUCUCCCUCUCCCUCUCCCUCUCCCUCUCCCUCUCCCUCCCCUCCCUCUCCCUCUCCCUCUCCCUCUCCCUCUCCCUCUCCCUCUCCCUCUCCCUCUCCCUCUCCUUCCCCCUCUCCCUCUCCCUCUCCCUCUCCCUCUCCCUCUCCCUCUCCCUCUCCCUCUGCCUCUCCCCCUCCCUCUCCCUCUGCCUCUCCCCCUCCCUCUCCCUCUCCCUCUCCCUCUCCCUCUCCCUCUCCCUCUGCCUCUCCCCCUCCCUCUCCCUCUCCCUCUCCUUCCCCCUCUCCCUCUCCCUCUCCCUCUCCUCUCCCCCUCCCUCUCCCUCUCCCUCCCUCUCCCUCUCCCUCUCCCUCUCCCUCUCCCUCUCCUUCCCCCUCUCCCUCUCCCUCUCCCUCUCCCUCUCCCUCUCCCUCUCCCUCUCCC